UGCACAUUCAGUGCUUUACAUACACCUGGAUUGUUCCGAAGCUCGCCGUGCUUUGCUCCCUCCUUUACAGUCGGAAAGCCUGAGGAAAAAGAUCAGCAGGAAAAUGGCCAUGUUGGGAACACAGAUGGAUGAUGCCCUAAAGCAGAAACUGAUAAAUCUUGUGAACCCCAACCACACCCUGAUUAUGAAAAUGGAAAAGAAUCUUUUGAUUUUGGAUCAGGAACACGAGAACAUCUCGCUGGAUGAUUUAAGAAACAAGAUUCCAGAGAAUGAGCCCAGGAUCAUUGCCUAUCCUUAUCAUUACCGCGACACCAGCGGGGCACUGACAUCCUACAAAAUACUGAUUUUUGUCAGCCCUGACCCUAGCCCUGGCGGGUGCUCCAUCAGGACCCUGAUGGCGUACGCAUUCAGCGUGGGUUUGGUGAAGGACGCAAUGCUGACCAGCACGUCUCUCGAAAUCUUGAACAAGAACGACUUGACCGAGCAGUGGGUGAAAAACCAGUUGGCUCGCUGAGUUUGAAAACCCAUUAACAUGGUGACAAUUUCUGUCCAUUUUCUUUUUUGAUGGCAUGUCACUUGCUAAUAAAUGGAUGGACCUAUA